AUGUACGAUGGCCAGCAGCAGCCUAUCCAUAUGACUGAACCUGUAUAUGAUAGGGCUGCUUACCCUCGCAAGCCAUCCCUCUCGCAAGAUCCAGGAUCAGGCCCUAUGCGCAAAUCAACAUCUGUGCGCAGUCUCCGUUUUGACCCGAAAAGACAAUCCUACCAUUUCGAUGCACUAUCAGACAUUGAAAGUUUGAGUGGAACACACACUCGUACAGACCACAGCUUGGCUCCCAUCAUGCGGGAACAGACGCCUCAAGAAGAGAUCCUACGAAUGCCAUUGACUUGGUGGAUGAACUCGAAUGCUAAGAACCACUUUGUUGCAGUCAUUGGAGAGUUUAUGGGAACAACAAUGUUCUUGUUCUUUGCAUUUGGUGGUACUGAAGUAGCCAAUAUUAACGCGGGCCCUACCACUGCUACUAAUAACGGAUUCAGUCCUGUUGUACUAUUUUACAUUUCUUCUGCUUUUGGUUUUUCUCUCAUGGUCAAUGUUUGGAUUUUUUUCCGAAUUUCAGGAGGCCUUUUCAACCCUGCAGUCACACUUGGCAUGUACCUGACCAAGAGCAUGUCCAUGCUUCGUGCUUUCCUCCUUAUAGGUGCCCAAAUAUGUGGAUCCAUGCUAGCCUCAGAGCUUGUUCACGCCCUCCUGCCCACAACAUUCAAUACCCGUACCACUCUUCGCACAGACACGUCGCUCGCGCGUGGUGUCUUCAUCGAGGCCAUUCUUACAGCCGAGCUGGUGUUUACAAUUUUCAUGCUGGCCAAGGAAAAGCACAAGGGUACAUUCCUGGCCCCUAUUGGUAUCGGUUUUUCGCUAUUCAUCUGUGAAUUGACCGGUGUUUACUACACUGGUGGUUCUUUGAAUCCAGCAAGAAGUUUCGGGCCUUGUGUUGUCAAUGGUGUUUGGGAUAAGGAACACUGGAUCUACUGGGUGGGCCCUGCCAUCGGCGCAAUCAUCGCAGUCUGUUUCUACCGCCUUAUCAAGAUCCUUGAAUACGAGGUUGCCAAUCCAGGCCAAGAUGCAAAGAGCGAAAUAGAAAGCAAAGUUGAGCAGGCGAUGGUGCCGCGCCAGCAUCACCAUAAUUCUUCCAUCCGAAGCCAAUCUCGCCCUGGCAAAGAAGAAGCUUUAUGA